AUGAACCCACCUACCUAUUAUGAAGACCCCCAGCGCGACGACCAGCUCUCGAUAUAUUCCGCUGCGCCAUCGUACCACUCCACCUCUACCCUCGUCCCAACCUACACAGCACUCCCCUCCCCGCGCCAGGCCCAGUCACAAAACUACACCUCACUUCUCUCAGCAAACUACAAUGUCACCUCAUGGCCCUCCCUGACUGGGUCAGGGCAUCAGAACCGUGCAUAUGCAAACGUUGCCGCACGAAGGGCGCAGCGUGACGAGGCCGCAAAGGAGGUUGAGGACGCGGCGAGGGUGUUGAGUCGUAUGAGGGAUGAUGACGGCCGGCGAGGGUCAGGUGUUUCGGAGGUGUCGGUGGUCUCGACGGCCGAAGAGGAUGGUGCGAAGGAAACGGAGACGGACGCCGAUACGGUCUUGGAGGAGGAGGAGGCGAAGAGUUGGGAUCAUUUGGCGAGCCAGAUGGAGGAUUGGAAUGAGAGGGAGAGGAAGUGGGAGGAGUUUAGUAGGAGGUAUAAAGAGGGGAAGAGAAGAGGAUGGGGUAAGAUUUUGGGGGUUUGA